UGCGAGAGAAUUCGCGGCGGCAUCGGGAAAGCUAAAGGUGUCAAUUUCCUUGUAUGGGACGUCGGUGGGCAGGAGAAGCUACGGCCGCUGUGGAAAUCUUACACGAGAUGCACCGACGGUAUAAUUUUCGUUGUUGACUCCUGCGACAUUGAGCGGCUCGAAGAAGCGAAAAUGGAGCUUACCAGGACAGCGAGGAGUCCGGACAAUGCGGGUGUGCCGAUCUUGAUUCUCGCCAACAAACAAGAUUUACCUGGUACAACUAAUAUUAUAAAACUUACCAUAAAUUAUAUUUUAAAGUCUGGACUGAACGUCUUUUUAAUCAAAAAGUACUUGUUUACUUAAUUUUUGUUUUCUAAUUAUAUCUCUCAAUUUUGUGGGCAUUUAUUUUUGACGCGUAUUUAUUUAACGCAUUUUUCCCCCGAAUUCUUUUUGCAUAAUAUGACGCAGCACAUUACACACUUGUUCUUGUGUGUACACUCGAUUACGUUCGGUAACAGUUGGUCCAAAUGACCAUAGCGCGCGCGAUUGCGUUUAGUCAUUUCCGCGUCGUCACGAACGUCGUGUCUUUCUAAAGUUAUAUCACAUGCUACGAGAGAUUGCAUAAAAAUCUGAAUAAACGUACAUUUUUUUAAAUAUUGGAUUUUUUGGCAAAAAUUUUUUUAAAUAUUGGAUUUCUUGACAAAAAUUAAUUAGUGACUCAGAAGAGACGUGAAGUACACACUGUAAAAAAAAUCUUAUAAAAGUAAAAAAACCAUCCAAGGUCUAAAAAAAAAUCUGUCGUCAAAAGGAUAU